AGCGAGAUCAACAGACUCAAGUCUGAGUUGGCGGCACUCGAGGCGAAAUACCAGAAUGAAUUGGAAGAUGAGCGAGAUCAACAUCAACACGAUGCUGACGUGCUCAAGGCCACCGAAGAAGAGUUGCGUACGAAGAUCACGCUUCUUGAGACCAAACUUGAGGCUGCGAAUGAUCGCGAGAAGAAUUUGCACAAUGAGAUUGCCGAAUGGGAGGAUAAAUACGACUCGGUGAAUAAAGAGCUGCAAAAAGUCAGAGACGAGCUGGACGUGGUCAGAAGUGAUUACGAGAAGGAAAUCGAGAAGGCCAAGACAGACUUGAACAACGCCCAAGCCGAGAUCAAGAACCUCGAGGCACAAAUUGAAACGUUAAAGUCCCAACUGAACUCGGCGAACGAUCGUGCCAACUCACUGACCAGAACAGUGAAUGAGCAGAACGGAAAGAUUCGUGAACGUUAG